CAAAAAUCAGUCAUUCUUCAACUGUUGUUGUACCAAACAAAAAAUAAAGUGAAACAUUUUUUUUUUUUGUUUUAUUUUAAAAACAAAGAAUUAAAAAAAAGACUCAUCAUGAUGAAAUUGGCAAUUGUUCUUGCUGCCGUCGUGGCCCUUGCUUUUGGUGCGCCACAAAAUUUGCAAAAAAGAUCCGAUGACGUUGUUCUUGUCAAGGAACUUUUACACGACAAUAUUGGACUCGACAAAUAUCAAUACAAUUUUCAAUUAUCCGAUGGACAACAACGUGAAGAAUCGGCUCAUUUGAUAAAUCCAGGAACGGAACACGCGGCAAUUGUUGUCCGAGGAAGUUACUCCUGGGUUGAUCCGGCAACAAAUCAACUCUACACUGUCAAUUACGUUGCCGACGAAAAUGGUUUUCAUCCAGAGGGCGCUCACAUUCCCAGUGUCUAAAUUAAUUAUAUCUUCUUGAAUAAAAAAAAAAAAAAAAAAAAAAAAUUGCUAA